UACCAAACCACCUCCCCACGAGAUAUUUGUGUUCGAGAACAUACACUAGACUGAAAAGACCGAUCGCACAAUGACUGAUGCGUCGACAGCGGAGUAUCAGACCACCAUACAGCCUCCAACAGGGCGGUUUUCUUCAAUCUUACGACCUAGCUUCGAAAAAAUCAUCUCUGGUUUUGCGGUCGCACCCUAUGAUUUUGAGUCACUGGUCGAAUUUCUGUCGCACAAUCAUUGCAUAGAAACACUUGACUUUCUAUCCGAAGCCAAAUAUUACAGUGGAUCUUAUCUUGCCUCGGAGCCCUCUAUUAGGGAGCAAAAGAUGACACCGAACACAAGGCACUUAGGAAAACAGUGGGAAACUAUGAUGAGCACUUACAUAUCCAUCGACUCUCCCCAUGAACUCAACAUCCCCGAAAAUAUCCGUACAGCAGUCCUUCGAAAUCACAACGUGUUGAAAUACCCACCGAGGCCAACUGAAUUGGAUUCUACCAUUCAUCACGCCCGUGAAAUGCUUUCGGAGGGUGUUUUAUCAUUCGUUAAUGACGUUCAACGGAUAAGAAAGCAACAUCCACCUUCACAUUCCUUGUCAGAUGGGAUAUAUUCUCCGUCAAGAAGUCUCCAAGUGGCUUCCGAUGCCGGGCACUUGUCAAAUCAGAGCCCAAGAUUAUGAAAUCCGAUCGUUAUUCUGCAAUGCCCUAACGAAAGAGCAAUUCGUGCCGAACCCCUUUGCACCCUCUGACUGGGUUACCAAGGGCUGGAACCGGAUGUAUCUUACUGGCGAUCGUGGCAGACUCCGAGCGUCGGACGGUGCUUUUCUAUUCGAUGGGCGAAUGGAGGGUAGUACGCAGAUCAAGGUACGCGGUCUACGGAUCGAACUCGGUGAGGUGGAACACGCCAUCCUGAAAGCUGCCGCGCCUGCGAUUGAUGAGGUCGUGGUCUCCGUGCGAGGUGAAGGCGAUGGUUCCGAGGAGUUUCUGGUUGCCCAUGCGGUCUUGUCUCAACACCAAGACCAUGGCAUUGUCGGUGAAUACCGACAUGGCUAUCUUAUCCAGCUCUUGAACAAGCUACCCCUCCCGCAAUACAUGGUCCCCGCGAUAAUUAUACCAUCGAUUGCAUGCCUUUGA